AUGACGGAAAUUCGAGACCAAUCGAUUCCACGCGUCCUGCUCGCCGUCAAGGCCUAUCACCAAGGCCAAUUCGACAGUACCCACAAAGCCGCGACGGCAUAUGAUGUCCCUCAGUCGACAGUGUCUGUCUUGUCGAUGGAUGAGCGAGGGAUGCCGCCGACAGUGGUCUACAGUCGCCACAUGGCCAACUUGUUGCUCUCUGAACGCGGCCAAGAAACUGUCGGCGAGAAUUGGGUGCGGAAGUUCGUUGGCCGCCACGACGAAAUCAAGGCGAAAUACUCUCGUCGAUAUGAUUACCAACGUGCUAAAUGCGAAGAUCCGAAGACGAUCCAAGAAUGGUACGAUCGAGUGGCAAUGGCGAAGCAGAAAUGGGGGAUUCUUGACGAGGAUGUCUACAACUUCGAUGAGACGGGGUUUCAAAUGGGAGUCAUUGCGACGGCAAGAGUCCUUACUCGGUCUGACCGGCGAGGUCGGCCUAUGGUCAUGCAGCCAGGAAAUCGAGAAUGGGUUACGGUGAUUGAGUCUAUCAAUUGCCAAGGUUGGGCUUUGCCGGCGAUGGUCAUCUUCCAGGGCAAUAUGCACCAAGCAAGCUGGUACAAAGCAGGUGUGCCCAAGGACUGGCAGAUUGCCGUGAGCGACAAAGGUUGGAAUUCGGACGACCUUGGAUUGCAUUGGUUAAAGGCAGUUUUCGACCCAUACACACGGCGCCGUACGGUUGGAACACGUCGACUUCUCAUUCUCGACGGGCAUGGCAGUCAUGUUACGCCGGAAUUUGACAAGUAG